GAUUAUUUGUCAAAAAAAAUUUUUGAUAGUUUUGACAUUAAAUUGCCAAAACGUAAGUGAAAAAUUAUCAUUUUAAAUGGAAUUAUAAUAUAUUUAAAUAAACACAAACACACGAAUCAGUUAUAAUGAAGUGCUUAAUGAAAGUUUUAUAAACAAAAUCAAUGCGUUCGUCAGUUAGUUACAUACUUUCUAGUGCAGCGAGUGAACCUAAUAUGUCUUAUCCUGAUUACGAACAAAUAUCACAUGAUCAUGCAGCUGUACUAAUACUAGUUCGUCAAAUUGGAACACAACUUAAGACAAAAACAUUUUCACGUCUGUUUGAACGAAUUUUACGUUGUAAUUGUCAUAAAAUUACUGAUUCGAGUGGUCAAGUGCGUGAAGUUUGGAUACGAUAUGUAAAAGAAUAUCCAGUGGAGAAUAAUGAUUGGGGUGAUUUUCAAACACAUCGAAAAUUGCUGGGUUUGAUUUCGUUGGGAAAAUAUGAUUCACAACAGGAGUUAAAUGAAAUAUGUCGCGUUCAUGAAAGUUUAAAAGUGAAAUAUACAAGUACAUUGUUCGAUACACGAUGUAUUUUAUUUGGACCAAGUGAACCCCCUGGUCUCACUGACGGCGAGAAAUUAGAAAAAGACAUCGAUAAUUUAAAUGAAGAAGAAAAGAAAACAUUUCAAACCCCAUCAAACUUUAAAACACGAGCAUUUUUCUACAACGAUGGAGAUCCAUGCGUCGAACUGGAAACACAUUUAUCUGAAUUUGUAAAUUCAUUAUUUUGGGUCUUAGAAUCUAAACGUUUGGAACGAUCCCGUGAAAAAAUUGAGCGUGUGUCAUUGCUGUUAGCUCCAUUCGAGAAGAAAGAUUUCGUUGGAUUGGAUUUAGAAUCGCGAAACAAUAAAAAAAGAUGUAUGGGUCGUAUUACCAAACAUUUGGGUGAUUUAUCCUUACAAGCAGGGUUAAUUAGUGAAAGUUUAACGUUUUAUUAUUCAGCUAGAGAUACUCUUAAAUCGGUUAACGAUUGGUUAUGGUUGGGGGCAGCUUAUGAAGGAUUAUGUGCCGCCUCUGUGUUAGUUUUAUAUCCAAAUUUUCAACGUAGUGUUCCUUUACAACGUAAUUCAAGUUUACAAGAUGGGUCUCCAGGGAAAUCACGUUCGAAUUCCGUUGUUUCAAUUCCUUCAACAGAAUUAAUACGUGUUCGAAAAGAUAUAACAAAUAUACUUUCUGAAGAUGAUAUUUCAAAGAAAUAUCGUGAAGCAAUUAUCCAUUACAGUAAAUAUCAAAAUGCUGGGAUUAUUGAGACGGAAGCGAGUUUUAAAGCUGCCAGGAUCUCUAUUGAACAAAAUCAAACACUACAAGCUGCUAGUUUUUUACAAAAUGUUGUGUUCAUUAAUUUAACGUUAAGUGAACAGGAGAAAAUACAACGAUUUGAAACUUUAUCGGAUUUAUAUACACAAAUUGGUUUUGUACGAAAAGCAUCGUUUUGCCAACGUUUGGGGGCAUCGAGAUAUGUUUCACAGAAUAAUCCAUCACCGAAUUGGAGUCAGUGUUAUAAUUUAAUGUUACAAAGUUUUUCUGGUUAUAAAUUAAGUUUAGAACCAAAUGAAAUGCUUGCGAAUCAAAGUUAUGGUUGGCAAACAUUACAAAUACAAUUACUACAAGAAAUUGUAGUUGCAGCUCGACGAAUGGGUCAUGGUGCGCUAGCGACUCGCCAUAUGACAUUUCUUUUACAGACAAUGUGGAAUCAUUUAACGCCACAAGAACAACGAGAUUUAUCGUUACAAUUACAGGGAUUAUCGUCUCAAUGUGAAGGUGCUCCUGUUCCAUUAGUACUAGAUUCUGGUAUUGUAAUACCACCGGCCAAUUUAACAAAUAUACCAAAAUGUAAAAUGUUCAAAAUACAAAAUUUAAAACCACAUUUGCAACCGCAAAAAAUUGAAAAAGAAAAAUUAGAUCAUGGACCAUUUUUAUUUACACCGAUACAUUUUGGUGGUUCUUUGGAUCGUAAAAAUAAAAAACCAAAAUCGAAAAUGGAUUUUUUAUGGGUAGAAAACGAUAUAUGUGAAGUACAAUUAACCUUAAUAAAUCCAUUACCAUUUGAGCUAAAAGUGUCAAAUAUGCGUUUACUAACAAAUGGUCCAGUAUUCGAAUCCAUUCCAGAAACAAUAUUAUUACCACCAGAAACACCACAAUUAACAACAUUAAUCGGUACACCAAAAGAGUGUGGCGAAUUAGAAAUAUUAGGUUAUAGUACACAUUCGUUAGGUGUUAAAUCAAAUUGUCGUUUAAAAAAUAUGGAAAAAUUUUUACCGCUAUAUAGUAUAGAUAUAAUUCCUGCCUUACCAGUAAUGGAUAUUAAAACAUCACUCCCACAAUCUGCAACAUUUUCUAAUUUUAGUAAUUACGAGAAUAUAGUAACAUCCGCAAGUUUAAGUUUAUAUAAUGGUGAAUCCGCUGAAUGUACAAUAACGCUUACAAAUACUAGUGACGUAAUAAUAGAAUUAUUGGAUGUAUCCAUACAAAGUGGUUUAGAACCAUCGGUGCAAGAUCAGAUAUUUAAAUGGUCUCAAUCAAAUUUAGAAUCACAAUUACCUUUAGCUUCAAAAGCUACCGCUAGUUUAACAUUAUAUUUAUAUUCGGCUACAAAUUUUUUGGGUCCUGUGCAAUAUUUAAGUGUUGGUGAAUUAAGUAGUGGUAUUUAUUGUAAUUCAUCACAUCCAAGCAGUUUAAUGUCAAUGUCAGUUGGUGGUCCAAGCUCUCUACCCUCUAGAAUUAAUUCCCCUGUACAUGGUAGUGCUAUGAUGGGCAGUAGUUUUCAUUCAGCACGACGAAAUGAAUUUAUGUCAUCUAGUUUCAGAUCAUCGAAUUCAGGACAAUCUAGUUUAGCUACAACAAUGGGCGGAGCGCGAUCGCCAUUACCUUCCGGUUUAACAUGUGUGCCAAUAAAUACUGUAUCGUCAACAAUUGAAGCUCAACUUAGAUUACGUUAUUCGGGUGGUUCUGGAUAUCAAACCGGUUAUUGUCGUACCAGUUCUGUAUAUAUUAGUUUAGAAAUGUUGCCAAGUGUACAAAUAACGAGUUGGGAUGUGAUACCAGCUGAAACAAAUUCUCAUUUUUAUCUAGUCCUUGAUAUAACGAACCUCACAUCACAAGAGAUGGAGUUACAUUACACACCCACAAAACAUAUAUUAAUUGAAGGACACAAAUGUUGUAGUGUUGCCGUGCCAUUAAAUCGUUGUCCAUUAUCGAAAUUAUCCAAAAUUUAUAUGGAUCAACAACAGUCUACAGUAAAUAAUUUAGAAUUAAAUAAAAUCUGUUCGGAGCAUAUUGCAAAUUCCGUUGAUUUACGAUGGCAUUUGCUGGGAACAGAUACAAAAGGCAAGGUAUCGUUAAAAGGUAUCACCUUAACACCAAAUAUGUUGGAUUUAGUUCGAAUGUCACCAUUAAAUUGGAAUGUAACGUUAAAUUCACAAAUUACUAAGUCACAAGAAGAAAUAUGUUUUAAUAUUGGUGAAUCGAUCACGUUAGGAAUACAAAUUAGUAAUAAUUUAGAAAGACCAUUACGACAAUUAACGCUUGAUAUACAAUUUUAUCAAGAUCAUCAGAAUGGUAUCAAUAAUUAUCGAUUGGAUACUCGAUUAGCAACAAUCGGUGCUACUAAAGUUUUACUGCCAACAUUAGAAGAACAGGGUCAAACUUACCAUGAAUGUAUUGUAAUAUUUUUUACACCAGGACAAUAUAAAGCUGACAUACAAUGUACCGCUCCAGAAAAUCUAAACGGAUCCAUAGACACAAAUAUCGGCGGUGCUAUUGUAGAUGGUCAACAAAGUGGACACACAUGGCGAUAUAUACCCCCUGUUGAAAUCCGAAUUAAUGAAUAACAAGACAGAAUGUUCAUGGAUAUUGUUAAUGAGCCUAAUAAUUAUAAUAAUGUACAGAAAUCAAAAAUGAACAAU